AUGACUUUAGUCAAAAGUUAUGGCCGGUCAACCAAAAUCGGUCUCACACUUUCCGGCACUGUAGACCANACCGAGGCCGACGAGGCACGGAAUUGUUUCACGGCGGACCACACCCGCGCCUCCUGCCUGCGGACCCCCUGCUCUGGCGCCAUUUCCUCGUGGGGGUUGCUUCAGGCUACGUCAUUCAAUUGACGUCAUUGCCUCUAUCCUAGUUGAGGGGUGCGUGCCUCCAGUACAAGAUGACAGUGCUGGUUGUUCAGCGCCUUCAUCGUGGGUCGUGUGAGCGACGAUCGCCAGGGAUUUUCCGAGCAUUUUGGACACCACACUUUCGGUACCACCAUUGUUGAGCGCCGCGAAAGGGUCGGCAUCCACAUCCCGGUUGAGGUGAUGUGGUGGCUUGAAUGAAAGCCGGGAGCCGU